AUGGCCCAGGCCUAUGAUGAAGUGAUCACUCUCAGUAAGGGUCCUAUCCAGGUUACUGGACUAUUGAAGCGUCGCUGGAAAGAUGUAAACGCUCGAAAUCCCCUCAUCGUACUCAUCCACGGUGGAGGCACGAACGCUGCUUACUUUGAUAAUCCUAUUUAUUCGUUACCCAAUGAUCUGAGCGAUUUAGGUUGUGAUGUUCUCAACAUCCAUCGUCCUGGUCAUGGUCCCAACCCGAUUCCAAAUACCCAAACUCCAUUUCGGGACGGAUUGCCCGCGUUUGUCGAUCUUAUAGCUGAAGUCUAUAAGGAACACUGCAAUGGGCAAGGCGGCAUCAUUCUUAUUGGGCACUCCUUGGGAGGAGCAAUUUGUCUGGCUAUUGCCGCAGAGGCGGGAGACCAAUUGCCGCUUCUAGGGGUCAGUGUUCUGGGCAUAGUUCCAGUAGAGGGCUCUACGCUUCCUUUUCCUGAGCCUGACCCGGAGCCGGAGAACCCGCGCAUCGUGUUUAAAGAGUCCCGUGAGAUGGUGCGCCGGCUUUUGGGACCAGAAGAGUUCAUUAAACGGAAUGUAUUCAAUCCCGACGUCUUACAACUGAUCUUCGAACCAGGCCUGAAAUCGGAGUUGAAGGAGUGUGCUACGCAGGAGUGGUACGCCAGAUUUGUCUGCGAAACUCUACCUGCGAUUCCUGUUCAAUAUCUCGCCGCGGAGUAUGAACUGGUCUGGGCCGGAGCUGAGCAAGCGCAGCCAACCUUCAACUCCUUGGCGAAGCGAUUCGUCAGAUCCCCUGAUGUCGAAGCCAAGUUACUACCACGGGGUGGUCAUAAUUACGAGUUUUCCAAGGGCGCAUCAAAUCUGUUUAAUUUGAGAACGGAGUUCAUACAAAGAAUGAUCAAGUAA